AUGUCCUUCCCGCAGCUGGGCUACCCGCAGUACCUGAGCGGCGGGCCCGGCGCCUACGGCGGCGAGCGCCCAGGGGUGCUGGCCGCGGCCGCCGCGGCCGCCGCCGCCGCCUCGUCGGGCCGGCCGGGGGCGGCGGAGCUGGGCGCGGGCGCGGGCGCGGCCGCCGUCACCUCGGUGCUGGGCAUGUACGCGGCGGCCGGUCCGUACGCGGGCGCGCCUAACUACAGCGCCUUCCUGCCCUACGCCGCCGACCUCAGCCUCUUCUCGCAGAUGGGCUCACAGUACGAACUCAAAGACAACCCGGGGGUGCACCCUGCCACCUUCACAGCCCACACGGCGCCGGCGUACUACCCCUACGGCCAGUUCCAGUACGGGGACCCCGGGCGGCCCAAGAACGCCACGCGCGAGAGCACCAGCACGCUCAAGGCCUGGCUGAACGAGCACCGCAAGAACCCGUACCCCACCAAGGGCGAGAAGAUCAUGCUGGCCAUCAUCACCAAGAUGACCCUCACGCAGGUGUCCACCUGGUUCGCCAACGCGCGCCGGCGCCUCAAGAAGGAGAACAAGGUGACGUGGGGCGCGCGCAGCAAGGACCAGGAGGACGGCGCCCUCUUCGGAAGCGACACCGAGGGCGACCCGGAGAAGGCCGAGGACGACGAGGAGAUCGACCUAGAGAGCAUUGACAUCGACAAAAUCGACGAGCACGAUGGCGACCAGAGCAACGAGGACGAAGAGGACAAGGCCGAGGCGCCGCGCCCGCCGGCGGCACCCACCGCCCUCGCCCGGGACCAGGGCUCGCCGCUGGCAGCCGCCGACGCGCUCAAGUCCCAGGACUCGCCCCUGGGCCUGGUCAAGGAGGUCCCGGAGCCCGGCAGCACUCGCCUGCUGACUCCCGGCGCCGCGUCGGGUGGCCUGCAGGGCGCGCCUCACAGCAAGCCCAAGAUCUGGUCCCUGGCCGAAACGGCCACCAGCCCCGACGGCGCGCCCAAGGCCUCGCCGCCGCCGCCCGCAGGCCAUCCUGGCGCGCACGGGCCCCCCGCGGGCGCGCCGCUGCAGCACCCCGCCUUCCUGCCCAGCCACGGACUGUACACCUGCCACAUCGGCAAGUUCUCCAACUGGACCAACGGCGCGUUCCUCACGCAGGGCUCCCUGCUCAACAUGCGCUCCUUCCUGGGCGUCGGCGCGCCCCACGCCGCGCCCCACGGCCCGCACCUGCCCGCGCCGCCGCCGCCGCCGCCCGUCCCCGUUGCCGCGGGGGUGCUCCACGGUGACAAGGCCUCCGCUCGAAGCAGCCCCGCGCUUCCAGAGAGAGACCUCGUCCCCAGGCCGGAGUCGCCGGCACAGCAGUUAAAAUCCCCCUUCCAGCCCGUGCGCGACAACUCGCUGGCCCCGCAGGAGGGAACGCCGCGGAUCCUAGCAGCCCUCCCGUCCGCCUGAUCCAGGGUCGUCUUUUACUUUUGCGGGGGGAGGGGGGAGGAGUUCGGGAGGGAGGGGACGAGGGAGGAA